AUGAAUAAUUCAACAGUAGUACAAACAUCUUCAGAUUCAUCUUAUUAUUAUGUCGAAAUAACAGAGACAAUAUCUAAAAUUGUAUCACCGAUCAUUCUUAUAUUAUGUGGUAUCGGUAAUUCACUCUCAUUUUUUGUAUUAUUAACUCGACGUUUACGUAAACAAAAGACAACAUGUUAUUUAGCCGUAUUGUGUGUAGUUGAAGUUGGGACAUGUUUCACUGGACUUCUGAGACAAUUUCUUAUCGAUGCAUUCAAAAUUGAUAUUCGUGCGAUGGAUUCUUUUAUUACAAAUCCAUAUUAUCUAACAAUGUCAUGUCGUAUUCAUAUUUAUUUGACCUAUGUUUUUCUCCGACUAUCAUCUGUUCUCCUUGUAAUUGUCACAAUUCAACGAUAUUUAUAUGUGUCAAAAAAAUGUAUAUGUGUGCAGAAGCGUGUUUUUAUUCAACUAUUUUUAAUUAUUACUACCAUUUGUUUAUGUGAAUCACAUUUUUUCAUCUACUAUGAAUACACAUUAUCCGAUACACGACCUAAAUCUGAACAAAUAAUGGAAUGUACCGUAAAUAAAGAACUUUAUCCACAUUACUAUAAAUUUCGCAGUGAAUAUUACGGUAAAGUAUCGCUGUUUCUGUUUACAUUGCUACCAUUUAUCUCGAUGAUUAUAUUCAAUGGUUUACUCAUGCGUACUAUACAUCGCUCAACAAUUCGUAGUCAAGGUAAAAAAUCAUCAAAAAAACGAAAUAUUACUCGUAUGUUAUUAACCGUUAGUAUAUUCUAUACUGUUUUAACUUCGCCAGCAAGUGUUUAUACUGCACUUGCUCCACCAACAAUUCAGUUAUUACCAUGGUACUUUAUUCAUUGGACACUAUUGAGACUUCUUUUCUAUUUAUGUCAUUCGGUCAACUUUUUACUUUACUGUGUUAGUGGUUCAAUAUUUCGUCAGGAAUUUGUCGCAAUGAUUUGCUGUCGAUCAUCAUCACAACAUCGUCGUCAUACACAUCAACAGCUACCAAAAUUAACAUUUUCAAAUACAUUCGUACGCUGUUAUUCCUAUUCAAAACGAAAAAUAUUCGGUCAAGAACCAACGGAAUAUUUUGAUUAUCUAUCAAGAUCAAAACAUAAUAAUGAUGAAAACUGUCUGUAG